AUGACGACAACAGCGACGACCCUCAAGGGUCAACCCCUUGACAAGCCCGUACUCGAUGCCAUGCUAAGACGGCGCAUGUUCUACACACCUUCGUUUGAAAUCUACGGUGGUGUUGGUGGUCUAUACGACUAUGGUCCCCCAGGUUGCUCGCUGCAGGCCAACAUUGUUGACCUCUGGCGCAAGCACUUCAUUCUUGAGGAGGACAUGCUCGAGGUGGACUGUACCGUCCUAACCCCCCACGAUGUGCUCAAGACCAGUGGCCACGUCGACAAGUUCGCCGACUGGAUGUGCAAGGACCCCAAGAACGGCGAAAUUCUGCGAGCCGAUCACUUUGUCGAGGCGAUGCUCGAGGCGAGACUAAACGGUGAUAAGGAGGCCCGUGGUCAAAAAGUGGAAGAGAAGGAUGACCCCAAGAAGAAAAAGAAGAAGGCCAAGUCGGAGGCUGUGAAGCUGGACGACGCCGUGGUCCAGGAGUAUGAGGAGGUACUGGCCAGAAUCGACAACUACGACGGCCCUCAGCUUGGUGAGCUUAUCAAAAAGUACGACCUCAAGAACCCAGCUACCGGCGUUCUCCCCUCAGACCCCGUUGCCUUCAACCUCAUGUUCCAGACUUCGAUCGGCCCCAGCAGCAAUCUUCCCGGCUAUCUUCGCCCCGAGACUGCCCAGGGCCAGUUCCUCAACUUUGCCAAGCUCCUGGAGUUUAACCAGAGCCAGAUGCCGUUUGCUUCUGCUUCCAUUGGCAAGUCGUACAGAAACGAAAUUUCCCCCCGCGCCGGUUUGCUGCGAGUUCGAGAGUUCCUGAUGGCCGAAAUUGAACACUUUGUCGACCCCCAGGGUGGUAAGAAGCACCACCGAUUCCACGAGGUUGAGGAUGUUGUGCUCGUUCUCCUGGAUCGUGAUACCCAGCUGUCUGGCAAGACUGAUACUAAGAAGGUUACUGUCGGUGAGGCAGUCAAGUCUGGUCUCGUCGACAACGAGACUCUUGGUUACUUCCUUGCCAGAAUCCAUCUCUUUUUGGAGAGGAUCGGUGUGGAUUUGUCAAAAAUGCGCUUCCGUCAGCACAUGGCUAACGAAAUGGCCCAUUACGCUUGUGACUGCUGGGAUGCUGAACUGCUGACGAGCUCUGGCUGGGUUGAGUGCGUUGGUUGCGCUGAUCGAAGCGCCUAUGACUUGUCUGUCCAUGCUAAGAAGACUGGUGCUCCUCUUGUUGUGCGUGAGCGCUUGGAAGAGCCUCUGGUUAUUGAGGAGUGGCAGGUCGACAUUGAGAAGAAGAAGUUUGGUCCUCUGUUCAAGAAGGAUGCUAAGACGGUUGAGACGGCUUUGUUGGCUACUUCUCAAGACGAACGUGAGAAGCUUGCCAAGCAGCUGAGUGAGUCUGGCAAGAUUUCUCUGCAAGUUGCCGGCGUUGGCGAUGGCAAGGUUGAGCUCGGCAGCGACACUCUCAAGAUUGAGUUCCGCAAGCGAGUUGAGAACACGAGAGAAUUCACCCCCAACGUUAUCGAGCCCUCAUUCGGUAUCGGCCGUAUCCUAUACUCCCUGAUUGAGCACAACUUCUGGACUCGUGGCAGUGACGGCGGUGACGAGGCCCGUGGUGUCCUCUCAUUCCCUCCCACCGUGGCCCCCACCAAGGUUCUCAUCGUCCCUCUCUCCAACAAUGCUCAGUUCCGACCUAUUAUCAAGAAGCUCUCUCAGCAGCUCCGAACUGCCGGAAUUUCCAAUCGCAUUGACGACUCAUCCGCCAGUAUCGGUAAGCGAUAUAGCCGAAAUGACGAGCUCGGUACACCUCUCGGCAUCACUGUCGAUUUCCAGACCCUGCAGGACCACACCAUUACCUUGAGAGACCGUGACUCUACAACCCAAGUCCGGGCUGAGGAGUCCAAGAUUCUGGAUGCUAUCAAGGCGCUUGCUGAUGGUUCAAAGAACUGGGAGAAGGUGGCUUCUGAGUUGCCAAAAUUUGAGGGCCAAGAGGUGGAAAUUCCUGCUCGUUGA